AUGAUCUCCUCUGUGUGGCACGGUGAAGCUCAAGUGUUAUACAAGGCUAUUGCCCGAAUAGCGGAGGAAGACUAUCUGGAGGUGGAAGUUGCUCAGAAGCUUCGAGAGUAUUGCGAGUCAUCCUGCUCGGAAUCGUUGGAGCUGUUGGACUUCUGCUAUCGCGAGGACAACAGUCAGACACUGAAACUGCUCACCGCUCAGCUUCCUCAUUGGGGCUACCAAAACUGCCUUUCUUUGGCGGUCAUGGCUAAUCAUAAACCAUUUCUUGCUCAUCCUUGUUGCCACGGCUUGCUGGCUCUGAACUUUGGGCAUGGAUCCCUUCGUGCUGGCGCAGGUAAGCUUCACCCAAGGGCCGUUUGCUCACGCACUUUUUUCUUAGUUCUCGUUUCUGUAUAUCUAUGA